GCCCCGGGGCUCGUGGUGGGGAGAGACGCGCUGGGCUUGGGAUCCACUAGCGGUGGUCUAGCCGGGGGCAGGCGGGCAGCCGCCGGGAGCGGGCCGGCGCUUUCCCCGAGACGUUCGCCGGGCUGUGCGGCUCUCACCGACGCAUGGCUGAGGGAUCGCGAGCGCUGAUGGCCGUCCUGAGGGCCGUGCUGCAGCCGUAGCAGGAGCGGCCGCCGCUGGGGCCGGUGCUGUCCGGCCCGACGGCUGCGAGGGGCCAGCCGGCAUCCGCCCCGCCGCCCUGCCAGGCUGGGUCUGCUGCGAGGAGCAGCUGCUGAAGCGGAGAACGGCGGCGAAGGCAGGCAGGGUCUGUGCUGCUUAAAAAACCCGAGUAUUCGGGGUCGUUUUCGCCUAAAAGCGCGUGCCUUUGAGCGUCGUCCUCAUGACUGCGGCAGCUUCCUUCUGCAAGGAUUUUUUUUUUUUACGAUUUCCUGCCUGAAACCGCUCAGUUCUCGUCCUUGGAGAAGCGAGGGGGGCUGUUCAUUUGCUGGAAGCUCACGGUCCGGCAACCUUAACUUCACAUACACUGAGCUGAUCUUUCAUUGGUGUAGUUGCUCCAGAGCUGAGUGACCUACAGAGCAACACCAGGUCCACAGCAAGAUCUGAGAUGUAGUUAAGUAUCGAUUAUUGGCUAAAUCUGGCCUCAUUCGUUGCUGAACUGUACGGCCUAGUGUGUGUCAUGUUUUUCUACAACCUUUUGUACCGUUUCAUGAUGCCUAGGGAUUUGUGGUACUCGGAGUUUGUUUGUUUUUAUUUUUUAUUUUAUUUUAUUCAUUUAUUUUUUUUUGCUGGACUUAGGACCGGGAAAUGUGAUUGAUGCCAAAAUAAAAAUCCCGAAUAUUAAAGAGCAACCCAAAUAAUAAGACUUGCUGCUAAACUGGAAGAAACUUUUCUAAAAAUGGAUUAACAGUAGAACAUGUCUAAAAGUCCCAGCUUUUUGAUCUGGUCAUCAAAAGUGAGUUGAAAUUACUUAUUUCCUCCCCAAACUGACAGAAAAGUUGCCCAGCCCUCCGACGCGAUUGUGCUCCUGGGACCUCUCAGAAGUUGUGUUUGUGGGUGGUCACUUUGCACCCUGCGUCUCACUUCAAGUGGGAAGAAACCCUGUGGCUUCAGCCUGUGGCUUUCCCAGCUUUGACAAAGUUUAAGGUGAACAGGCAGUGAUACCGCUUUAAGAAAUUUGCAAGGAAAAGACAACCCAAUUUUAAAAUUCCCACCUCUGGUUCCCAACGAUUGGAUUGCAAACUUUGGCAAAAUACUGCUCUCCACUUCCUAUUGGCUAAUGCUCUGUCAUUCAUUCUGCCUGGAGUUUUACGAGGACCCCUUGCUUUACAGAAAAAGGCUGCUCUAAUUCAGUCUGGAAGUGCUUUAUGUAAAACUCCCUUCCACGUCUCACCAAACUGAUACCUCGGGAACCAAACUGGCCAAUCAGCUUGCCAAAGCAACUGUGCCGUUUGCAGGAAAAAGAAUCGGAGAACCUCUGAGGCAGCCUGGGGGACACCAACAAAGGAUUUUACGACGUGGUUGGAGCGUGGAGAGUUAAAGAAACUUUUCCGGUUUUUCGCUAGUUUUAAGGAGUUCAGUGUCAAAGGAAAACCAGAAGAAAUACAGGUACGGUGUGAGGGCAUGAGAGUCGUCAGAGAUGUUUCUCUUUAGGGUGAAGUUGGAAAACGUUACCCCUGGAGUCUCAGUGGAUUGUGAAAGAUGACAAUGUUUAUAAGAAUAUGCAAGAGUCAGAGGAAACCCACCUAUCCAACCACCUAGAUGAAAUCGUUGCUGCCGUCAGCAUCACUCCCAGAAACAAGAGCCAAAGCAAUCUGACCCAGACAGUGCUGUUCCAGCCCCCGCGGGAGAAGCUGCGGCUCUGUGAAGAGAAGGCGAGGGCCUGCUCCAGCAGCCAGGAGUAUAAGCAGGCUGUCCGAGAGCUUGUGCGCUGCUUAGCACUGACGAGAAUUUGCUAUGGCGACUCCCACUGGAAACUGGCGGAGGCACACAUUAACCUGGCUCAAGGCUACCUCCAGCUGAAAGGUCUCUCACUGCAAGCAAAGCAACACGCAGAAAAAGCCCAGGAGAUCCUCCUCACUAACUCCAUUGGGCCCCCACGUAGUGACAACACGGGAGUUUUCAAGUGUUCCGUGGAGCUCUUCCACACCAUGGGGAGAGCCUUGCUCGACCUUAGGAAAUUUAAGGAAGCCUCGGAGAACUUGGAAAAAGCGGAGAGACUUUCAGAGGAACUGCUGCAACGGGGAAGGAUCGUAAAGGAAGAAUGGCUGGCAACUCAAGCGCGGAUCAAGUGGUCAUUUGCACAGGUAUGUCAAGGUCAGAAGAAGUUACAAGAAGCUUUGCCCCACUACAAAGAGGCGUUGGAAUGUCUGGAGAGCAGCAAAGGUGAAAAGAGCCUUGAGUGUGUCCCGUUGUUGCGGGAGCUGGCGGGCGCAGAGCAAGCCCUGGAGUUCCACGACGCAGCCAUCGGCCAUUUGUUACAGGCGCAUCUCAUCGUCCUGGGCAGAAACCUCACUCAGGAGGAGAUGGCAGACUCCGCGCACUCCGUUGCCCACGCCGCCGCUGCUUCUCCGAGGCCCGCGCACCAAGAUGUGGCCGAGCAGUAUUUUCAAGAGUGCAUGUCUCAUCUUCAGGACUGUGGAGGGAGGGAAACAGCCAAGUUUCUCUCCAUUCAAGAUGAAUUUUGUCGUUUUCUGCAAAUUGCUGGACAAAAUGAGAGAGCAACCUCCAUCCUGAGAGAGUCCCUGGAAGCCAAAGUGGCCACGUUUGGUGACCUCAGUCCCGAGGUGGCAGAGACGUACCGGCUCCUGGGCGAGGCAGCCCUGGAGCAGGGGAACCACCGCAUGGCCCACAGGACACUGAAGAAGUGUCUCCACAUUCAGACGCUCUUAUACGGACCACAGGACAAGAGGACCCUGGCCACCCAGCAGACCAUGGACGAUCUGGCCAAGGUCACCGAGGUCGCUGUGAAGCCAAAGCCGACUCCGAAGGCCAAAGUGGCCUUCAACACCAGCGUCCCCGGGCACACGGCGCUGGGGAGGGGCAGGCCCAGCGCAGCCAACUGAGACCCCCGGCCCCAAGGCGGCUUCCGGUGGGCCUGGGCGCCACCCCUCGGGGUCUGAGCCAACCUCUCUCCCAUGAGCAGAUGGAAUUUGAUGGUUAGCGCGGACUUCCCAGGCCGACGGUGGACUCCGGCACUCAUCAGAGAGACCAUCAGCGCCCUGUGGGCCACGCCAUGACGGGGCGCGGCCUUCAGCGUGACCUGGGGCCGCACGGCACAGUUUUCCCUUUAUAACUUGCGGUGUCUUUCUGGCCAGCAGGGAUCUGGGACCCAGCAGCACUCCUGAGGCUGAAAGACUUCUCUCCAGAGGCUCAGAACCUCCUGCGCGGGGGAGGCGGGCUGGGCCCUGCGCACACGCACAGCUGGCUGGGGUCAGCCUCGGAGCAAGAACCACAAAUCUGGAAGAAGCCCCUUCUUACAGGAAGGGGGCAGUCCCUGAGAAUAAACGGCUCAGGAAGGGACUUUCUGCAGCGCUGGUGUCACGGCCCGGCCUGGGUGGGCACAUCAUCCCAGUCGCCUGUUAACCGCGGGGGCCAUUUGCAAGCUGGCCACUCGCUGUGGCUAGCCACGGGAUGCCCGUGCCACCUGGGAACCCUGCAGAGUCCCCAGCCGCGGUGGGGGGGGCACGAGCAGGGCUCCCAGGCUCUGCACGGCGAGUGGAGCGAACCUCGCGAGCCUCGCGAGCCUCGCUUCCUUGUGCCCCUCAGGUACAAACCCAGGCAGGCUGGGCUCUUCAAGGGAAGCCUGCGUCAGAGCUCCUUGGAGCCAGAAGACGGGCGUGGGGACGCCGUCACUCACGGUGUGGUGCACAGCGGGCGUGGGCUAGUGCUAAGAGCAGGGACGCGACAAGAAAGGAGGCACACCCAGUCCUGCUCCCCCUCCUCUAUGAGCUUGCAAUCCAGCCUGGCCCUAGAUGCAAAAGAGAUAUGGUGGGGGACUGCAGGGUGGGUGCUAAGUGGGCCCCACGUGGCCCUGGGGUGAGGAGGCAGGUGUAGGGCAGCAGAAAGGUGGGCACGGAGGGUUGUGGGGCAGGGGCGGUGACCCCCUGCUGCCCUGCAUUCCUCCUGGAUCCCCCACCCCCGGCAGGACAAACAUGGCUGGGCCCUGGAGCUGCCGCUGCUGGAGCCGGCACGGCCCCACCCCACGCCCUGUCCUCAGGGCCUCCAGCCUGGAGUGAGGCAGCGGUGGAGAGAGAAGCUUUGAGCACCUGUCUCCACCCUGUGAACACGGCGAUCGGGUGCUGGCAAGAGGCAGAUGGAUCACCUAGAGGGUGGGGGUGCGGGCAUGGGCAGGAAUACCUCUGCCCCUCUGGGACGGUGGCCAGUGAGGCCACAGGCAGGUGCUCGGACGGCCCCAGGAUGACAGCCUGAUGCCCUCCGGCCCCACGAGCAAAGCGGGGUACCACUCCUCGUGUGCGGGGAACCACCUCGAGAACUGACGGGGGAAUCGACUGGGGGAGCUCUGAAGUGCAGAGAGGCAGGGCCCCUCCCUGGUCUUCCUGCGGAGCUGCGAGCUGACCCGCAGGCCGUUCCUGCUAACACCCACGGGUCCCAGAACAGGGGGCAGAAAGGUGUGUGGCUGUGGCCACCACUACCUGAGCGUCCUGUGCAGUCGAAGACGCGGGUCUCCACGUGGAUGGGGGAGUGAGCAUUUUCAACACGGACCACACGGGGGUGUGCCAUGGACUGAGCGUGCCCCUCGCCUCCAGUGCGCGUUGAAGCGCCAGUCUCCAGGGUGACACUGCUCGCUGUCUGCCAGCAGGCUCUGGGGAGGUUGUUCCGUCAGGGGAGUGAGCCCUGCUGAGGGCACUAGUGCCUUUAAAAGAAAAGAUGCUUCCCUGGCACCGUGGCGCAGAUUCAUCCUCCGCCUGCAGCACUGGCAUCCCAUAUGGGCACCGGUUCUAGUCCCGGCUGCUCCACUUCUGAUCCAGCUCUCUGCUGUGGCCUGGGAAAGCAGCAGAAGAUGACCCAAGUCCUUGGGCCCCUGCACCUGCCUGGGAGACCCAGAAGAAGCUCCUGGCUCCUGGCUUCAGAUUGGCCCAGCUCCUGCUGUUGCAGCCAUUUGGGGAAUGAACCAGUAGAUGAAAGACCUCUCUCUUUGUCUUUCUUUCCCUCUCACUGUCUGUAACUCUGCCUCUCAAAUAAAUAAAUAAAAUAUUUUUUAAAAAAUGAA